GGAAGUGGGCGGGACUUCGGGUCUGUAGAAGAAGAAGCUAGCCGCUAGCCCCCCGGUGCUGCAGGCUUUGGUUCUGUCUCUAGCCGAUCAACAUGGUCCAACUGGUGGGUUCACUCCGAAAAGAGCUUGCUGACUCCCUUUCCACCUGCAAAGUGCUGGUGGUGGGAGCGGGAGGGAUCGGCUGCGAGCUGCUGAAGAACCUCGCCCUCACCGGCUUCAAAAACAUCGAAGUGAUUGACUUGGACACAAUUGAUGUCAGCAACCUGAACCGUCAGUUCCUCUUCCAGAAGAAGCAUGUUGGCAAGUCUAAAGCACAGGUGGCCAAGGAGAGCGUCUUGCAGUUUUGUCCCACUGCAAAUAUCAUUGCCUACCAUGACAGCAUCAUGAACCCUGACUACAACGUGGAGUUCUUCAGAAAGUUCAUGCUGGUGAUGAAUGCUCUGGAUAACAGAGCGGCCCGUAACCAUGUGAACAGGAUGUGUUUGGCAGCAGACAUCCCUCUGAUAGAGAGCGGCACGGCUGGAUACCUGGGACAAGUCACAGUCAUCAAGAAGGGAAUGACCGAGUGCUACGAAUGCCAACCUAAGCCUACCCAGAAGACCUUCCCAGGAUGCACCAUAAGAAACACACCAUCUGAGCCCAUUCACUGCAUCGUCUGGGCCAAGUAUCUCUUCAAUCAGCUAUUUGGAGAAGAGGAUGCAGAUCAAGAGGUGUCACCCGACACAGCGGACCCAGAGGCUGCAUGGAAUCCCGAAGAGACGGCAGCUCGCGCCACAGCCUCAGAAAAGGACGGGGACAUCAAGCGAGUCUCCACCAAAGAAUGGGCCCGCUCUACAGGAUACGACCCCGUCAAAGUCUUCAACAAGCUUUUCAAAGAUGACAUCAUGUACCUGCUUACCAUGGACAAGCUGUGGAAGAAGAGGAAAGCUCCUACACCUCUGGACUGGCAGCAGCUAGAGAACAGUGCAUGUCCUCAGGAGGAGUCUCCAGGUUCAGGCUUGAAGGACCAGCAGGUUCUGGGUGUUUGGGGUCACUGCCAGCUGUUCCAGCACAGCGUGGAGACUCUCCGCUCACAGCUGCAGGAGAAGGGAGAAGGAGCCGCGCUGGUGUGGGACAAGGAUGACCCUCCAGCCAUGGACUUUGUUACCGCAGCAGCCAACCUACGUAUGCACAUCUUUAGCAUGAACAUGAAGAGUCGCUUUGAUGUAAAGUCCAUGGCAGGUAACAUCAUCCCAGCUAUUGCUACAACCAACGCUGUCAUCGCUGGACUCAUCGUGCUGGAAGGGUUGAAGAUCCUGUCUGGGGAACUAGAAUCCUGUCGCACGAUCUUCCUGAACAAGUGUCCCAACCUCAGGAAGAAGCUUCUGGUCCCAUGUGUCCUGGACCCGCCCAGCACCAACUGCUACGUCUGCGCCAGCAAACCUGAAGUCACAGUCAAGCUCAACGUCCACAAAACCAUGGUCCUCUCUCUGCAGGACAGGAUCUUGAAGGAGAGGUUUGGCAUGGUGGCUCCGGAUGUUCAGAUAGAGGAUGGAAAAGGGACCAUCCUCAUCUCCUCAGAGGAAGGAGAGACAGAAGCCAACAACAGCAAAUUUCUUUCUGAUUUUGGGAUCCGUAACGGCAGCCGUCUCCAAGUUGAUGACUUCCUCCAAGACUACACACUCCUCGUUAAUGUCCUGCACACUGAGGAACUAGAGCGGGAUGUGGAGUUUGAGGUAGUAGGCGAGGCCCCAGACAAAGCUCCGCCCCCUCAGACUAAGCAGGAAGAUGUUAGCAGCAUCACCAACGGCAACAAGGACUCCGCCCAGCCAUCCACCUCUUCUAAAGCUCCAGCAGAGGAAGACGACCUCAUGAUUAUUGACUCUGAUGAGGGGGAAGGGGCGUCGUCUAGCUCUGCAGCAGCAGCGACCAGCGGCAGCAAGAGGAAGCACUCAGAUGCAGAAACUGGCGAGACCUCCACCAAGCGCCCACGGACGGACCAAUCAAGUGCAGCAGCUGCCCCCACCGACAAUGAUGACGAUGACAUAAUCGCUCUGGACUAACCCGUCCUCCCUGGUCUCCUGAAGGACUGAGAACUCUUUGAACGCUUGUCAUUUUGACUCAAGACUGACAGUAGGCUUAAAUAAAACACCUCUUUUAUGAAGAACAAUUUAAUGCCCUGGUUCGUCUUUCGUCACUUCCUCCCCUGAACUCUGUGUUUGUGCUUUCAUACUCCCUCUGCUCUCUGACAUGAUGCUGUAAAUAGAUUCUACAUUUUAAAAAGUUUUGAAAAAUACAUUCAACUUCUUUUGUUAUUUUUAUUAAUUUCUGGUCCUGGUAAAAUGCUUCUCUUGAUGGUUUAAAAAAAGUGCUUUUUUGUAUUUUUUUAUAAACGUAUUGUAUUUCUCAUGCUACACAAGUCAGGGUGUGUUUGUGCUUUGUGGUCAGGUUACAAAAAAAAACCAAACAUUUUCUUGGGUUGUAAUAUUGAUCUCAGUCGUGGUGAAGGGACGGUAACAGACAGACCCAGGAGUCUGCGGCUUGUGGUACUCUAACCAGGGUACCUGUGUGUAGGUGCUGUUGAUGUCUGUGAUCAUCUGUGGGUUGGUAUAGCACAGAGGCACUGACGGAGAGUUUGGCCACGUUGUGCCAUGGGGCGUUAGUUUGCUACCUCUUUUCUAGAACUAACAUGUUUUGGCUGCAAAUACGUAAACAUACCCUCCGUAACACCGCCACAGUGAGGCGUCCAGCUCUUAGAGAGAAAGUUACUCAGAAACGGCCAUGGUGCAGCACCGUGGAGCUAACAUGGCUCCCUGUGAAACUGCGCUGCAUGCUAAAGGCUCUGGCUAAGCACAAGCCCGGCUUCGAUCCAGGCUAGUAGUAGUUUAAUGUAAACAUGUUCCAGUUGCUUUUCAUUAGUAUGACUUGGUUCUGUUUGAGCGAAGAGGUCACAGUUUGUUUAGACGGUUAAAGACAGAACCAGAGACGGAGUAGCGGUUUGACCAGAACCAGUCAUUCUUUUUCAUACUGCAGAGGUUAAUCUGAUGGCAGUGGAGUCCUGCACUGAAAUAACAUAAGAACCACUGGUACAAAGUGUAGCAGUUGAGCUGCAGUCUUCUCCAGUCUAACCCCUGUUUCAGUGUCCAUAAUUUCACAUUUUCAUUGAGCUCUGACUUCUUGUUGAAAGGCUAUGAGAGCCCUUUGGACCAAUUUGGUGAAGACAAUAAACUAAACAAAUGCA